UCUGUUUGACCUGCUGGCCAGGAAAAGGGUGUCUACACUGGGGGUGUACUCCAAGGCUAAAUCUUAGAGUAAGGAUGCAAGAUCCUCUCCCAGCUGAGGUCUUUCUGAUUAAUAUUUUAAUACAAACCAGUGAAGAUGACACCAAAACACGAAAAACAAGAAUUUGUAACUGUCUUGGUGCGAGACCCCAGGACGCACAAGGAAGACUCAUGGCAUUCUUACGUAGACUAUGAGAUAUUUAUUCAUACAAACAGUAUGUGCUUCACGAGGAAAACAUCCUGUGUCAGACGGCGCUUCCGAGAGUUUGUUUGGCUCCGGCAGAGGCUUCAGAGCAACGCAGUGCUGAUACAGCUACCUGACCUGCCAUCUAAGACUCCCUUUUUCAAUAUGAAUAAUCCUCAUCACGUGGACCAUCGCCGGCAAGGUCUGCAGGAAUUCCUGGAAAAGGUCCUACAAGAUGCGCUGUUGCUGUCAGACAGUAGGCUUCAUCUCUUCUUACAGACUCAGCUAAGCCCAGAAGAUAUGGAGGCUUGUGUCUCUGGACAGACCAAAUACACUGUUGCUGAUGCAAUUCAUAAGUUUGCCUCUUUGAACAGACGAUUUCCUAUAGAAGAUGAAGAGGGAAAAAAAGGAAAGAACGACACAGACUCUGAUUCAGAGAGUUCAUCCUCCGGGCUCGGACCUAGUGAUGACAGCAUUUCAUGUGGAUGUAAAACAAGCCCAGCUUCUGAAGAGUCAUGAAAAAUAAUUCCUGUAUUGCUAGCUUAAGGACAGUGCAAAGCAGUUUCUGCUCUGGUUAUGUGUACCACGCAAGCACGGGUGGCUGGUAAGGUGUACCUGAAGGAAGCAUCGUCUAUGCAACCAUAUGUCCUUAUAAAAUUUUCAAAACAGACCUCAAUAAUAUUUCUUUGUUGAUUCCAUUAUGUAUGUUGAUUCAGGUCUACAUGCUACCUGUUACAUUUAGGGUUUGUUUGGUUUUUUUUUAGGUAUUAAAAUCUCAGUAUUGGGUAAGUCAUGCCCUGCUGACGUACAUGGCAGUUACAGUAUUUCCCUCAGUUCAGUGCAUGUCUUCGAUCUGAAAAGUAAACUUCAUUCCUCAUCUUAAAAGUUAGUAUAGCAUACCAAAUAUAUUCAAAGCAUCUUUUUGUAAUUUGCAUUAGAGAAGUUUCAUCUUCAGAAGUCAUUUGACAUUGGUGAUGAAAUUACAUACCCCACAGGGUAUUCACUUUUGAAAGUAGCUCAGCAACAUCAGCAAAACAACAUUUGUACGAACUAUAUGCUGCUGGCAAUUUGAGAGAUAAAUAUAUCUUCCUCUGGUCUUUCUGUAAUGUUUAUGGAAACCUUGGUUUUAUCAUGCAGGAGAGCUGAAGGCCAAAAUUCUUGAGCAUGGUUGCUUAGAAGUUAGAAAUAUUAAUAAAAAUGACAUCAUUUCUAGUCUUGCUGGAGAUUCUCAGUUCCCUGGGAAUGACAGAUACUCACUCCCAGUGAAAGUCCUGGAUGAGGCCCAUUGAAACUGAUGGGUGAAUUUUGCUUCGACCUCAUUAGAAUCAGGAUUUCACCCAGCAUGAACUUUAGGCACAUAUAUUUGAAAAUGCUAUGAGAGAUGUUUUAGUUUAGCAGCCAAAACACCUCCCUGUCUGAGAUGAUGAUAAUCACAUAGUUGUAACACGCUGUACGGAAAUGCACCUCUCCACUCUUUGGGAGUAAAACAGAGCUGCUGAUUUCAUUGUGGCUGUAGUUAGCACGUUGGAAUAUUGACUUUUCCCCCAAACAAAAGGCAGGCUUGAACACAACUUUGUAACCAGCAAGACUUAUUUUGAUUAAAAGUCAGUUUUGCUCUUUAUUGGUAACAGCAGCUGUGUAGUGUCUUGUCCCAGAUUCUGUCAAAGGAAUAUGUUUCACUGUGGUGUUGUAUUUAUAUUUGACAUUUAACUGCUAUUAAAAAGAGCUAGGGGGUCUGACCAGCCUAGCAAAGCUCCCAUUAACUUCAGAGAGAAGGUUACCAGCCUAGGAACAGAGAAUUAUAUAUAUGUAUAUUCUAAUGUUAAGAAUUCUGUGAAUAUUGUCAAAGAAGGGGCAUAUUAAACCUGUGAAUUAUGGAAACAAUAUAGAUUGUUAAAUGGCUAUCUGAUACAAGGUAGCAUGGACGUGUGCAGGCAUGCUUUUAUUAAAGCAUCCAGCUGGGAAUCUGUGUAAUUUUAGAAGCAUGUUUUAAUAGCCCAAGAAUAACAUCUCUUAGGUAACUACUUUUAAGCCACUGUAUUUUGUUGAUGGUUGCACUUUUAUGAGAUUAAUAUCCAUGUUUCUUUUUGUGGGGUCUUACUGAAUAGUACAAAUCUAUCUAUUCACCUCCUCAGCCUGUGAGUUAGCAGCAAUGCUAUUUUAAUGCAAAAGUGAUAACAUUUAAUUAAAGCAACAAGUUAUCGCUAAAAGUAGCUUAAAAAAAUAGCUGUUAUUGCCAGGCAGAGAUUUUUGAUUGAUAGAUUUUUGAUAAUUUUUUUUUAUGAUGGCACAUUACAAGAAUAAAUGUUUAGCAAAUUUAUUUGAAAGAUGGGGAAAAUAUAAAAGCAAAACCGAGAAUAAGGUCUGAGAUAUUAAUAUUUUUUUAUUUUAUUCAGUAUAAAGGGAGUGGGUUUUACUGUUUUGAAUGACUUGAGAUAAACUGUUGAAGCACUUUACAAUUCUGGCCUACUCACAUGUGAUGAACGUUACAGAAAUGCAAGGUUUAGGAGAGCAUUUGGGGCUGUAUUUUAUUUUAGGAGCUUAUCUGUAUGCCAGUGAAGGUUUUCCAAAAGAAGAUGUUUCUGAAACAAACAGUUGUUAUCUAAUAGCUCUGUUUUUCUUCUGUUAUUUUCUUUGUCACCCUGUUCAAUAAUUCAAAGACCACCGUAACUGUACUUUAUUCCCAGCUUUGGCAGAAAAUUGUUUAAAUACUCGGCUUUUGAAUGUUGUUUGUGUAGCUCGUAUUACUGGAAUUUUUCUCAUUAAAGGGGAAGGAAAGUGUUCCAUGCUCUCUACUAUGUUGUCUUUUUGUAUCAGCUGCAUGUAACUGCAUAUAAAUGCUGUAAACAAAAUGGCUUAAUUUGGAAUGUUAGAUGUAACUGUUACAAAUUUAAAUUCGUAAAAAAUAAUAAUUUUUAAUGUCUUUUGUGACUUCA